ACCACCACAUACACACACACACACACACACACACACCUUCCCUCGUUUUCUCUUUUCUUUGCCUUUGUAUUUCUCUUGUCUCUAACAUGCUUAUUUAUACUGUGUAUGUGUCUGCUGAUGAAAAUGACCCUGAUAGCCACUAAUGGACAUGCAAGACAUGAUGUUAAUGUGCAAAAACCGUGUUCCAGAGAUGAUAAUGUGCUUUUGUGCAGCCUGGGAAUAACGGUGUAGCAUGGAAAGUGGACUCUAAGUGUGUGUGUGGUGUGUUACAGAAAAAGCGUGAGAGAGUAUUUAUGGUUUUUUAGAGAUCCCUCUGUGCAAUGUCGUUUUAAUACGGUACAUCUCAAUCCCCUGACAUGAAUCAAUUCCAAAUCCCCUAAUUUCGUUGGCUAUAUUGUAUAUUGGGCAGUAUAUUAACUCCCUGAUAUAAUCUGUGCGAUGUGUGUGUUCGUGUGUGUGUUGAUAGCUUAGACAUUCAGACAGAGCCAAGCCAGGGUAUUUUACUGUGGCAAGCCACUAAUGCUGCUGUGUAUUUAUAACGUUUCAUUUGAGCAUAUCAGCCUUCUCAUCAAAUAUUCAUUCGAGGGGAGAUUGUCUACUUUGUCUCGGCUGAACCAACCCCCCCACGCCCCUCUUUCCCUCCAUCAUCCCUUCAUUUCUUUAUCUGUGUGUCCUCGCCUGCAUCUGUGUCUGCAGAAAAUAUGAGGGAAGUAAAUCAAGUCAAACUGCCUCUUUCUGAGGAUAAGCAUAAACACACCUCCUGAGGACGUGUGGCACUAUUUUUAUUUCUUUUACUGAAUAUUAUCUUCUGAACAGCCUGUGCUAGCUCACCUGUGCGGGUGUGUGUGUGUGUGUGUGUGUGUGUGAGAGUGUGUGUUAUUUGUCACCUGUAUCAUCACUCCAUACUUGUGUAUAACUUGAGGCAUCAAUCAGAGCUCAUUAUUGGUUAUCUGUCAGCUCCACUUUCCAGCUUGCAGCAACACUAAACUUCUCUGUAAACCCCUGUGGGAGAUAAACACCAUCAAUACUGUGAGAUUUAACUGCCCCAUGGCACAUAAUGUAUUCAAAUACCUCUCCACUGUGUUCCUUCUGCCUUCUUCUAUUUCCCUUUGAGUUUUUUCUUCCUCUGUCACCGAUUUGCUUCACUCUCAUCACCACUGUUCCACUCUUUGAUUUUCUUUACCAGGAUUUUUUGUGUCCUUUCUUUUUUCUUUAUCCUGCUCUUUCUCCAGCAGCUGAUAGAUGUUUUCUUUCCUCCACAUCAGUCUUCUGAUGGGGGACAUAAUAAUCCCUCACUCGUCUCCCUGUCUUUAAGGAAGCUUCACCACACUGUUUAUCCCCAACAAGCAUUACUCAGCCUUUCUUGGCAAAAUGAGUUCUCUUUUCUCCAACGUGACGGUUUGAGAGUUUAAUUUAAAGGCCAGCACAUAACAACACUCUUUAUGGCUGAUUUUAUAUUUCAUCUGUCCUGGGUUGUAUACUAACAUUUUUAAGGAACUUGUUACAUUCACUGAAUAAUAAUCUGAGCAGGGUUUAAAGGGCUAUUUUUGAGUUUUGCUAUGGCCACAUAGCCAACUUUAGCGUUAAUGCCUGUUCAAGUCCAAGUUCAGCAUUAAACUUAACUCCUUUACUCACCAAGAUCUGUCUCCAGCACAGGGUGCUUUGCUUCUAGUUCUACGGCUUCUUUUCUUCUGCUGAUGGGAGCAUGCUAACCAAUGAGCUCCAGUGCAGUCAGCCUGUCUUGUUACUUUCCGAUAGUGCUCACUUUAGCAUCCAGACUGCCGUGACGAAGCAGUGUUGCUAAGAGGGUGUAUUCUGACCUCUUGUAUUGUAAAAGCAAUGAUGGCUGAAGCUCUUGGCAAGCGAAACAUCACCAGCACCCACUGCUGGCAAGAAACCAUGUUUGGUGGCAGAGAAAACUCAGAACUAGCCCCAUUACAUUUGGGUUUUGAGCUUGGAUUAAAGGGACACUCCUGCAGUUUUACAUGUCAAAGUCAGAUUGUGGGUGGUACUGUGAAGCGUGCACACACAUAUUAAUUAGUAUAAAUUAGUUUGUACAGUCAUGGUCACCAGAUGAUGCAUCCUACUGAUUUUUCAUCUAGCACCACCUGGAGAUAAGAGUUUUUGCUUGUCUUGUGAAAUACCUCAACAUCUACUGGGAUUAGCACAAAAUUUGAUACACACCUUUGUGGAUCUCAAAUGAUGUAGCCAAAUUACAAAUUUCUGUUUGAAAUCUACCUCUUUUGCCUUCAGUUCUUUCUCCUUGUGGUUCUUGUGGGUUUUUCCAUUUUACUGAAAUCUUUACUUUCUUAGCAAAGAAAGUCUUGAACUUGAGGAAGAAAGGCAGCCUUGAUCAUUAACCAGCAGGAAUAGCUCUUAGAAGGAACUGAAACAUCAAAGAGAAGACUGUGGGAUGUCAAGUCCAAAAGUUGCUCUUUGGGGCCAAUGUGGUACCCUGACUGUGAGAACCAGCACUAUCAGUUUAGUCAUGACGUUGUUUCUUUGAAAGCAACCUUGUAAUUCAUGUCUAUCCAAAAGAAUUAUACAUCACAAAAAAGUUGAGGUGAAAGUAGAAUGAGGCCACUGAUUCUAAAAUGUACUCUAAUAAAGAAUUAAAUAUAGCCUACAUCAAAAAGCUACUCAGUUACUUUAAACCUUGAUGAUGUCCCAAAAGUAUCACAUGUUAGUGUUUAAUUAAAACAGAAGUUUCUGAUGGGAAACAAAGCUGCUGAGAUCUUAAAAGUUUAUCCCAUAAACCCGCCCGUGGCCUCCCUUGUCUCCAUCCAGCUUAUGGUGUGUAUUUAUGGCUAUAUUAUUCUAAUGACGGCCUUCCUGCUUGCAUUUUCUGAAAUAUGAGUGAGUCAUCCGUUAACUCUGCUCAACCAGCUCAAGGACGUGGAGCUGACAAGGUAUUGAUCCGCAGGUUUUACUUCUCCCCAUCACAGCCAAAGCUGCUGGAGUCCUGAGCCAAGGGGAGAUCAUCCAUCAGUGAAGCAUAGAUCAGCAGAUAUGUACACUCCUAUCACACACACAUCCUUCUGUCUGUCUGUCUGUCUGCUGCUCUCCCUCUCUUGUUUCAUCUGUGAUGGUUUGCCCCCCCGCCUUUGCAUCACAGCUCGGACAGAUGCAGAUGCUCCAGCUGUCAGGCGGAUGCUUUGUCAUUAUUGGAUGCCUGGACACUCAGCACAGUGAAGUCUGCGCGUCACUUUACAUCACCUUUACAUUUGAACCUUGAACCCUCAGAAACCCGUCAAAGUGAGUGAGAAGAUUGAUUUGUGGAUGUGAGUGCUCGCUGAUGUUGAGCGGGAGUUCAGUUUGUGUAGAGAGGAAACAGAAGGACGAAGAGAGAAAAGCGCUUCGCACGGACUUUCUCCCCGUGUGUCGCUCUUGUGUUUUUUCUGCCCCACACAGGCUGGUGCUUGAAGAAAAGUGACAUGCAAACAGGAGUGAAGCCGCAGAAGUCGUAGAUGAACUGCGGCUCCGACCGACGCACGCCACAGAUCCUUGCAGGUCCAGCUCGGCGGUUUAGUAAGAACCAAGAGACAACAUGAAAUCCAGGAGUCAGGACCAGAGUUUGUCAGACUCCAGAGAGCUGGACAGAUCUUACGACCCACUCACUGGUAAUCCUCCGUCCAAACCCAAUAAAAAGACCAUAAAGCAGCGGUUCCUCAAACUGCUCCCCUGCUGUCGCUCUGGCUCCAGCUCUUCAGUUAAUCAAAGCAAUAUAGCUGAUGAGGGUGAACUGUCGACAGUAUGUUACAGACCAGAGGGGCUCGACCGCCUCGUACAACAGACCAAAUUCAGCAAGAAAGAGCUGCAGGUCCUUUACCGGGGAUUCAAAAAUGAGUGUCCCAGCGGUGUCGUGAAUGAGGAAACAUUUAAAAACAUCUAUUCCCAGUUCUUCCCUCAAGGAGAUUCAAGUAUGUAUGCUCAUUUCCUGUUUGAAGCUUUUGACACCCACAACAAUGGAUCGGUCAGCUUUGAGGACUUUGUUAUAAGUCUGUCCAUCAUCUUGAGAGGCUCCAUCACUGAUAAACUCAACUGGGCCUUCAAUCUGUACGAUCUCAACAAGGACGGCUGCAUCACCAGAGAGGAGAUGACAGACAUCAUGCACUCCAUUUAUGACAUGAUGGGGAAGUAUACCUACCCCAGUAUGAAGGAUAGUGCUCCCAUGGAUCACGUUGACAGCUUCUUCCAGAAAAUGGACAAGAACAAUGACGGGGUGGUCACCAUAGAGGAGUUCCUGGAGACAUGCCAAAAGGAUGAAAACAUCAUGCAGUCCAUGCACAUGUUUGAUAAUGUGAUCUAAAGUUUGUCAAACGCAGAUGUGAGAUUUCCCUCCAGCGAGAAGCUCCUCUGUAGUACAGUUCUUCAGAACCCUGGCCUGAGUGGGUGGUGUUUGUGGUCCUAAACAGAAGUGGUGACCUGAGGAUAUAAACCCCAAACUACCCUUUCCUAAAUUGUGUCAAUGAACGGAUUGGGAUGAGAAUGAUCGAGGUGAGGUCUUGCUCCAAAACGACUUGAUGAUUGAUGUUUGAAGGCUGUACGUGAACAGCUCAGUAACAAUAAGCAUCAGUGAACAGAUGCAUCAAGAAAACAGCAGAUAUGCACAUCAGGCAACUGCAUUUUCAACAUCCUAUGACGUCUUCACUCAUAAAUAAAUUAUUUCUCUAUCGUAUGUAUGAUACACAUGAGAGAGAUUGAAUGAGCAGACACAUGGAACAAAAAUGUUGUUAAGUAUCACACGCUUGCUAUACUCACAGUAAUACUACAGUAAGGGACAACCCUCAUUAUGGGGAGUCUACAUUUUAGCAAUAAUCUUAAUGUAACAUGAUAGUGUUUUUAUGGAGCUCACCUCUCACAUUUAUUAUAUUACUGUAUAUUGUGUCUGCAUGAUGUGUCUGUUUUGAGUGGAUUGAAAUGUUGAAUUAAAGUGUGACUAUAUUUUCUAUAUGGACGUGGUGACGACGAUAAAAAUUGAAUAAAACCACACAGUUGCUAUGCAAAAAGCACAUAAUUGACAUAUUAUUGACCAGCUGAAUAUUACGCCCACUAGUGUAACAGUCUCUCCUGAUGUCUUCUUGUUACUAAUGUGCAGAAAAUCUAAAAAAAGACAUCAGAGCUGCAGUAGGACUGGAGGAGCUUUUCCCUUCAUUGGUUUAUCAGUUUCAAUAACUCACACUUUAAUUUCUCCCCAUUUUGCAUUUUGUUGUCAUGGUUUACACGACUAAUUUAUACUUAUGAGAACAAUGUGAAAAAUCUCCUUACUCAUUCAUUCAUUCAUGUCACCCCCCUUAUGUUUGGCUGAUUUGUUAUGAAAGGGAGGAUGAAUAUGGAGAUGAAAGAGAAACUGUAAAGUUUUUUGUUCUCUUGUACACAUAAUUUUUAUGGAAGAUAGAAAGCGAAGAGCUGAGGAGAAUAAAGAUAUUUUGAAUGGAAUUUUGGCUAUUUGAGAAAUAAAAACACUUGCCUCUUGGACAGAGCAGAACAGCUGUUUCAAAAGACUAACUUUCAAAAAGAAGAGAGUUUUCAGUAGUGAUGUGAGUGUAGAAUUUUAUGGAGGCCGGCACAGACCAAAACACACCUUGAGCGUUGCAUUGGUGGGAUGGUGUGUUUUAAAGACAGGUUAAACAUUUCUGAUCUGCAACUCAAUAAACAAGGACACCAUAUGUUUAAUAUAUCCUUUAUUUUUAUUAAACAAAAUUUCAGUAAAAACUCUUAUUAAGUAGAAAGAAAUUUCCCUGUCAGUAGUUUGCUCUAGCUGUAGGGCUGUCCCCAACUAUAUCAUCUUACAUGUUGACUAAUCUGUUGAACAAAUCUGUAAAACUGCAAACUACUAUAGUCACAUAUGAUCUUCUCUUUAAAUUCACUUUCUCAUCAAUCUUCUGGUAAUGUUGGAUAAUGUGAAUCUUUCCCAGUAAAUAAGUUAUAAAAGAUGAGAAACAAUUCAUUAAAAAAAGAAAAGAAUAACCAUCUUGUUCACCUAAACAAGAUAAUAAUCAGCUGAUUACAUAAGAGUGGGGGCAGCCCUACACUGCUCUGUCAAAGAUCUCCACAUCUCCUUAUUUGUUCACUCCUAUUGAAUUAGCGCCGAGAGAAAAGAGUGA